UGGCGCGUAAAAGUGGCCGGGACUUUGCAGGCAGCGGCUGCCGGGGGCGGAGCGGGAUCCGGAGCGGGAUCGAGUCCUCGCCUCGGCCUGCCGCCAUGGGCCCGCGCCGCCGCCGCCGACUGCCACCCGGGCCGCGCGGGCCGUGAGCGCCAUGGCCGUGGCCGGGGCCCCCACGGGCGGCCCUUGCGCGCCGGCGCUGGAGGCCCUCCUCGGGGCCGGCGCGCUACGGCUGCUCGACUCCUCGCAGAUCGUCAUCAUCUCCACGGCGCAGGACGCCAGCGCCCCGCCGGCCCCCGCCGGCCCCGCCGCGCCCGCCGCCGGGCCCCGCGACCCCGACCUGCUGCUCUUCGCCACGCCGCAGGCGCCCCGGCCCACACCCAGCGCGCCGCGCCCCGCGCUCGGCCGCCCGCCGGUGAAGCGGAGGCUGGACUUGGAAACUGACCAUCAGUACCUGGCCGAGAGCAGUGGGCCAGCCCGGGGCAGAGGCCGCCACCCAGGAAAAGGUGUGAAAUCCCCAGGGGAGAAGUCACGCUAUGAAACAUCGCUGAAUCUGACUACCAAGCGCUUCCUGGAGUUGCUGAGCCGCUCGGCCGAUGGUGUCGUCGACCUGAACUGGGCAGCUGAGGUGCUGAAGGUGCAGAAACGGCGCAUCUAUGACAUCACCAACGUCCUUGAGGGCAUCCAGCUCAUCGCCAAGAAGUCCAAGAACCACAUCCAGUGGCUAGGCAGCCACGCAGCAGUGGGGAUCGGUGGGCGGCUUGAAGGAUUGACCCAGGACCUCCAGCAACUGCAGGAAAGCGAGAGGCAGCUGGACCACCUGAUCCACAUGUGCACCACGCAGCUGCGUCUGCUUUCCGAGGAUGCUGACAGCCAGCGCCUGGCCUACGUGACCUGCCAGGACCUUCGUAGCAUUGCGGACCCUGCAGAACAGAUGGUUAUGGUGAUCAAGGCCCCCCCCGAGACCCAGCUUCAAGCCGUGGACUCCUCAGAGACCUUUCAGAUCUCCCUUAAGAGCAAACAAGGCCCCAUCGAUGUUUUCCUGUGCCCUGAGGAGAGUGCGGGCGGGAUCAGCCCCGGGAAGACCCCGUCCCAGGGUGCAGCUUCUGGGGAGGAGGACAGGGCAGCUGACCCUGCCACCACAGUGCCACCACCACCAUCAUCUCCCCCCUCAUCCCCUGCCACGGAUCCCAGUCAGUCCCUGCUAAGCCUGGAGCAAGAACCUCUGCUUUCCCGGAUGGGCAGCCUGCGGGCCCCCAUGGAAGAGGACCGCCUGUCCCCACUGGUGGCGGCUGACUCGCUCCUGGAGCACGUGCGGGAGGACUUCGCCGGCCUCCUCCCCGAGGAGUUCAUCAGCCUGUCCCCCCCGCACGAGGCCCUCGACUACCACUUCGGCCUUGAGGAGGGCGAGGGCAUCAGAGACCUCUUCGACUGUGACUUUGGGGACCUCACUCCCCUGGAUUUCUGACGGGGCUUAGGGGGACCAGGGCCUCCUGGGAUGCCCACCCUGUCUCUGUAGCCCUGGAGCCCCCUGCCCCUGGCCGUCCUCCUAGUCCAAUUGGAAACGUUUAAUUUAUACCCCUCUCCCCUACCUCCAGAAGCUUCUAGCUCUGGAGUCUGGCUACUGCCAGGAGGCUGAGCAAGCCAGGAAGGGAAGGAUUCUGUUUGUGGUGUGUAUGUGCAUGCACCCAACACCCGACACGUGUGUACACGGGGUGAGUGGUGUGUGAGCAUGUGUGUGUGCAUGUACCGGGGAAUGAAGGUGAACACAUCUGUGUGUGCACUGAAAACACGCCCCAGUGUGUCCACGUGUGUGUGCAUGAGCCCAUGUGUGCGCAUGGCGGGGGCUCUAACUGCACUUUUGGUCUCCUUGCUCCAGGGGCCCCGCGAGGCCCAGGGUGGCCACCUGCCCCCAGAAUCCUGCGUGCUGACCAGGCCGGGUGGCGAGGCCUUGGCCUGCUCGUUUGCAGGACCGCGAGAGCACUUCUGUCGUCUUAAAGGUUUUUCUGAUCGAA